AUGCAAUUGCAGCAACAACUGCAAGGCCUCCAACAUCAAGCUAGAAAUAGUGGCCAGCAACAAGCCCUUACAGGCCUACAAGGUCAACAAGUGUUUAUGUACUGAAUGUUAUAAAAAUAAAAGUUACCCCCAUGAUAAAAGCAAAAAUAUUAACGUCUAUAUCACUUACCCCAUGACAACUGGGUACACAACUAGUACUGCUGCUACUUCUACUUCAAAGAAAUAGAAAUUAGGAUCUUCCAGAUCAGCAUAUUGGUUCAUGUUGUGUUAGUUUAGUGUAGUCAGAGUUGUCAGACUACUGUUAUAUCCCAAGGCGAGCAUGCUAUUAUUUGUAUCUGAAUGCAACAUUUGCAUUCUUCUACUACUUUUUCUAAGUUUUCCACGACUGCUGGCGGCGACGCCUCUGCUCGUCCACCGCAAGAUAUGCCGAAAAUCGUGGUGCAGAACCAUACUGCUGCGGAAAUCGCUGCACAGCUCGCUCAAUUACGGAUAGUCUAGUGGAAGUAGAUCUAGAUCACUAUCUGGUGUACUAGUAGAUCAUGAGAGGUUGUAUCCUGAUCGCAUUUGUUCCCCUUGCUCACUUAUUCAGAAGGCGGGAACAAGAGACCAAGUACUAGAGAGAACAAGAACAAAGCUCAAGGAGCGAUUAUUCCAGUAGGAGUACUAGUCAGUGUGUAUUUCUAUUAUAGAGAAUAGUCCUCAUCUUGCCACAACUGAUCGACUAUAACCUCCCCAUGCCCACCUCAGCGUCAACCUAUAGUACCUCUAACUCAAGUAGGAAAGAAGGUCUCAUCUGGUGCUCAGCAUCCUGGAGGCGGGGGUCCUCCUGGUGGUUCGGGA